AAGAUAAACGAAGCACUGGAGUCGGCGAGGAUGCCGUUCACAGCGGUUGAAGGCUAUAUUGGCAAGGUGACCAUCCGAGUGCCAUGGCAUAACAUAUUUGCCAGCUCGGUGGAUUUGGAAGUGGAAGAUUUGCAACUUACACUUCAGCUCCAGCAAAUCCCCGUUGAUGAACCGUCGAAUGUGCUGCUCUAUUUAGUUGCUUCAAUGCUCGAAAGCGUUGUUGGAUCUACGACAACUUCAAUGGAAUUAGCACAGAAUUUCUUGAAGCGAGACGAGUUGAUUGAUGAAGCAGAAGAUAAGGGUGUCGAGCGAUUCGCAGAGGCAAUUGAUGCUAUUAUUUCACGCUUUCGGCUAAUUUUCACUGAUGCAACAAUUCGUUUGGAGGAUGACACUGAUCUCGAGUCGGGCUUGUGUACGGCAUUAGAAUUGCGAAUUGAUUGGUUGGAACUUAUCGAUGAGCAGCUGGAAUCAGAGUCGUGCUCCGGCGAGACAAUAACUGCAGAGCCGCAUUCCCUUUCGGCUGUACCAGAUUUUAACAAAUUGUUUCAUGUAAAGGGCAUGCGCUUGUACACCGACAUCUUCACAAAACCGGAACAGCGGGAUUUGUCUGAAGGAAGUGCGUCCUCGUUGUCACAAAUAAUAACCAGCAUGUAUUUACGACGGGAAAAAGAAAGGAAGAAGCCGCCAGCUUCAUCGAAUUCAUCGCCGGAGCAGUGGGACAAGAGCAGUGGUGUUUCAUAUUCGAUGCAUUCGACAACUGCUUCAACAAUAUAUGAGUCAUGUUACUCGCAUCAGAAUUGCAUGGAUGAUGAGCUGCCUUCUUCAGCCUCCUCGUUAGAAUCAAAUCCGGUAUUGUUAGCAUCGCUGAGCGGUGGAGUGGACACUGUUAUUGUUCGAGAAAUUAAUAUCAGUGUCGACAGUCUUUGUGUAUUUUUAACACCGUCGCAGUUGUGUAUUCUCAAAACCUUCUUUGAUGCUUUCACGAGAAAUUCGUUUAAUCUCGAGGAAACACGCUAUGCAAUGGGGAGACCAAUGUCUGCAAAGGAUUACCAACAAGUAGAAGCCGAGCUGCAAACAAGGAUCAUGUCAUCCUCUGGACAAGUGAACGCCGACUUCCAGCAUGGCAAUUGGGGUGGUUCGAUGAUGUUUUACGAUGCGCAGAGGAGGCCUUCGGCGGCGCCAUCUGGCGAGCCAAUGGCCAACAUUUCACUCAAUUUCAGUGAUAGCGAUCCAGCGGCUGGAGGUUCCAGAGAAUUUUUGAAAAGCAAUUUUUCUUCAAGUUCGUUAUCUGAUUCGGAAGCUGUAAUGUGUGACUGGAAUGCAGUCAGUUCACUGAAUUAG